GAGAAGGCAUGGUGGAGAAUAGCACAGGAGCUGCAGCCUUUACUGUUUGCUAAUUCCCUCCAGAUUGGAUACACACAAGGUAACCCCUUCCUUGGAGGUGGCUCUGAAGGAUGGCUGUGUCACAGGAGGUUGUGUUGAAUUUCUUGCUGGAGCAGGGAGGGAGUGUGAGAAAUUCUGACCUGCUCAGGAGGUUUAAAUCUGUGGUGGAUGUGUCAGAUCCUCAGCAAAAAGCCAGCAAUAGAGAAGCCUUUAAGAGGUUUGUCAAUAAUAUAGCAGUGGUGAAGGAUGUUGAAGGAGUAAAGGUGGUUGUGCUAAGGAAGAGAUUUUCUCACUUGUUAAAGGAGAAGGAGCAAGUUGUAUCAGGUGAGAGAGAACCUAGGAAUGCAAGUGGUCAGUUUUUACCUGCAAGCGAAGGUGACUUUAACCAAAAUGAAAUUAGAGACAUUGUACCCAGCAGUCAGCGAAGAAGCUCUUCCCAGUUGGAUUUAGCUGGGGAUCAAGAUAACUUACAAGUUGAAGGCAAGUUACGAGAUAUUGUAAUACUGCCAAAGGGUGAGGAUGUUGAUGAUGAUGGUGGCAGUAGUGUGGGUUUGGCUUAUGCACCUAGUAACUCAACCGAAGAGAAGGGAUCUAUAUCUUCUGAUGAGAUCGAGGACAAUGAGAAUAAAAGAAUAUCUGUCAUUGAUAUUGCAUCCCGAAUUGAAACCACAGGACCUGCACCUGUUCCAAAACAGUGGGCAAGUGGGGAGAUAAACAAGGGUCCAGCACAAAAGCCUUUCAUGCUGCCCCUAAGGUAUGCACCACAAUCAUUUGAUGGCACAGAGGACCAAGAGGAAAAUAUUUCUAAGCCACCAAGUUUUGAAAAUAUAUUAGCUGAUGGACUAGUACAUCCUGUACAACCCAGGUCACCCCAUAUCAGCAGAAGAAUUUUAGAUGACACCGGGUCAAAAUCCCCUCACACAAAGAGGUCAUCCAAACUGGCAAAGGUGAACGAGGAGAACAAGUACUCUGAUGUGGUCCCUCUGGAUUCAUCUGAACAUGCUUGGCUGGUCAGUUCCACAGGUGGCCGCUGGAAUCAUAUUCUGCUUGGUCUCCUAAUUAAUGACUAUGAACUGGCUGAGAAGAGAGACUUCAUAUGUGGGUUUACAGCUCUGCAUUGGGCAGUCAAAAGUGGGAACACUGAAAUGAUCAAAAUAUUAUUUGAAAUGGCAAGAAAAGGUGGCCUCAACCUCAAUGUGAAUGUUAAGUCCUUUGGUGGUUAUACACCACUACAUAUAGCAGCUAUACAUGACCACAAGGAAGUUAUAAUAAUGCUUGUAAGGGAUUACAAUGCUAAAGUACACAUUCGAGAUCACAGUGGGAGAAAGCCCUACCAAUAUUUAAAGCAGGGAUCUUCAAUGAAGGUCAUGUGUCUUUUAAAUGAUCCUCGUGCACUGAACACAGAACAAACCUUUACCACCAAAAGGAACUCAAAAGUUGCUACCUCAUUACUGGGAACCACCAGUGCCCUGCUCGGUGUGCUUUCCGAUGACAUUCCUUUCCAUGAUUUGGCAAAAGGUCUCAAAAAGCCUGUCUCCUUUAAUAAAUUUUUCACUGCACCCACAGGUCAGAAAAAGAAACUCAAACCGAGAGGUAGCUGUCCAUCAAUUGCCUCUCUAACUGAAGAAGUUGAAGAGGAGGUUACGGAGCCAGUGGGAAAGCGUAGACCAACUUCUGACUUUUUUAGUUAAUAUUGAAGCUAUUUCUUUUUCUUUCUUUCUUUCUUUCUUUCUUUCUUUCUUUCCUUUUUUUUUUUUUUUUUGUUUGCGAACUGUCUUUAUGUUUUCAUGGUGUCUGUCUCUAUAUUAGUUAGCAUUGGAAUCCAAAUACUUCAAUGAAUCAUGUAACGUUUCCUCCUAAACCUGUAUCUACUACUG